GGAUGGUUGAGUUUUAACCGGAGGCAGAGCGCGAGCGGGGUCAGUGUGUGAGCAACGCGAGCAGCCGAGCGCGGAGAGGCGCCGCGGCUGUGAACUCCCCCCUGCCCGCCGCGCCAGCCCUCCCCCGGAGCCCCCGCGCCGCCAGCAUGAAGCGAGCCCACCCCGAGUACAGCUCCUCGGACAGCGAGCUGGACGAGACCAUCGAGGUGGAGAAGGAGAGCGCGGACGAGAAUGGAAACUUGAGUUCGGCUCUAGGUUCCAUGUCCCCAACUACAUCUUCCCAGAUUCUGGCCAGGAAGAGACGGAGAGGGAUAAUUGAGAAGCGCCGACGAGACCGGAUCAAUAACAGUUUGUCUGAGCUAAGAAGACUGGUACCCAGUGCUUUCGAGAAGCAGGUAAUGGAGAAAGGAUCUGCUAAGCUAGAAAAAGCGGAGAUCCUGCAGAUGACUGUGGAUCACCUGAAAAUGCUGCACACGGCGGGAGGGAAAGGCUAUUUUGAUGCGCACGCCCUGGCCAUGGACUAUCGGAGUUUAGGGUUCCGGGAAUGCCUGGCCGAAGUCGCCCGUUACCUGAGCAUCAUCGAAGGACUGGAUGUCUCCGACCCGCUCCGGGUUCGGCUGGUCUCGCAUCUCAACAACUACGCCUCCCAGCGGGAAGCCGCGAGCGGCGCCCACGCGGGCCUCGGACACAUCCCCUGGGGGAGCGCCUUCGGACACCACCCGCACGUCGCGCACCCGCUGUUGCUGCCCCAGAGCGGCCACGGGAACACCGGCACCCCGGCCUCGCCCACGGAACCGCACCACCAGGGCAGGCUGGCCUCGGCGCAUCCGGAGGCGCCCGCCCUCCGCGCGCCCCCUAGCGGCGGCCUCGGACCGGUGCUCCCGGUGGUCACCUCCGCCUCCAAACUCUCGCCGCCUCUGCUGUCCUCGGUGGCCUCCCUGUCGGCCUUCCCCUUCUCCUUCGGGUCCUUCCACCUACUCUCGCCCAAUGCACUGAGCCCUUCGGCGCCCACACAGGGAGCACACCUUGGCAAGCCCUAUAGACCUUGGGGGACGGAGAUCGGAGCUUUUUAAAGGACUGAUGUUAUAGGACGAGGGAGGGGAAAGCUUAAAAAAUCCCAGCUGGGCUGGACUGUUGCCAACAUCACCUUAAAGUCGUCAGUAAAAGUAAAAAGGAAAAAGGUACCCUUUCCGAUGAAAAAAAUUUUUAAGACUGAAGGUUUGUUGGUUGACUUUUUUCUUUUUUAAUGUUUUUUUUUAAUCAUGUCCUGUAUUAGCAGUUUUUAAAAACUAGUUGUUAAAUUUUGUUCAAAACAUUACAUUGAAAUAGUGAGUAUAAACCAACACUUUGUGAUGGGUUUGUACUGUACCUAAUUUACUUUGUAAACCAGGAUGGUUCCAUUUUUUUUGCCCCAAAGUUUUGGGAAUCUUAACAUUUAGUAUUUUUAGUCUGUUUUUCCUCCUUGUAUAGUUCAUGGUCUGUUUGUAGAAUUAAUUUUCCAAACCACUAUGCUCAGUGUUAACAUGAUUCUGUUUCUUAAUAUUUUGACAGAUUAAGGUGUUGUAUAAAUAAUAUUCUUUUUUGGGGGAGGGGAGACUAUAUUGAAUUUUAUAUUUCUGAACAAAGCGUUGACAAAUCAGAUGAUCAGCUUUAUCCAAGAAAGAAGACUAGUAAAUUCUCUGCCUCUUAUAGCAGUCAGGUGAAUGUACAAAUUGUCUGUGGCCCUGAAUCCCUGUGACCAACUGCUGUUGUCUGUCAGGAUUGGCAGUUCUGACUUAGUUAGGAGAGCGCCAUUGGUAGGUUAGGUCCCAUUUGGAGUAUUGGUGGAGAGGAAACUGACCAUAAAUGCAUAGAGCAUACCUGCAUUUACCAGCCCCAGCAAUGCAGUGAAUUUUUGAUCUCAUGGAUCUCAAAUUCACAGAUGUUAACAUGGAUAAGUGAUCAUGGUGUGACAGUGGUCAACUGCAUAGUACAGUGGAACCUGUUAAAUGCAUAACCUAAUCUUCCUGGAACUGCCAUCUUUCUUUUAACUGGAAAUUUUCAUGUUGAGUUUUCCUUUUUGGGGCAUUUAAAAGGGCUUUGCUGCCUUCUUCUUUGAUUUAUUUAAUUUGAUUCAGGCUAUAAAAGUAUCAUUUUACAGAUUUAUUCCUUUAGCAGGUAUAGUUUAAAUGACCUCCACUGAACUGGGUUUGACCUCUGUUGUACUGAUGUGUUGUGACUAAAUAAAAAAGAAAGAACAAAGUA